GAAGCCAGGCGCUCAAGGUCAAGUUCACUCUGGGCCCCGCCCCCGGCCCAGGUCAAGGCGAGUAACCUGAUCCCCGCCCUGGUUGAGCAGCAGGUCGGCGGUCCCUGUGGACCCCCGAGGUUGUCCGGGUGCCGCUGCGGGCCGAGCGACGCGCAGGCAGGGUGGCCACUGCAGUGGGUGUGGAUGUGUGUGACAGCAUGAAGAACCGAAUCCCUGUGGUGCUCCUGGCCUGUGGGUCCUUCAACCCCAUCACGAAUAUGCACCUCCGCUUGUUUGAGGUGGCCAGAGACCACCUCCACCAAACAGGAAUGUACCAGGUGAUGGAGGGCAUCAUCUCACCUGUCAGUGACAGCUAUGGGAAGAAAGACCUGGUGGCUUCCCAUCACCGAGUAGCCAUGGCCCAGCUGGCCCUGCAGACCUCUGACUGGAUUCGGGUGGACUCCUGGGAGAGUGAGCAGCCACGGUGGAUGGAAACAGUCAAGGUGCUGAGGCACCAUCAUGGCGAGCUGCUCAAAUCCUCAGCCUCGACGGAAGGUCCCGACCCCAGCAAAACCCUGUCAGCCUCUGCAGCACUGCCCGAGCUGAAACUCCUCUGUGGAGCAGAUGUCCUGAAGACCUUUCAGACCCCCAACCUCUGGAAAGAUGAGCACAUCCAGGAGAUAGUGGAGAAGUUCGGCUUGGUGUGUGUGAGCCGGAGCGGCCAUGACCCGAAAGGGUACAUCUUGGACUCCCCUAUCCUCCGACAGUUCCAGCACAACAUUCACCUGGCCAGGGAACCCAUUCAGAAUGAGAUCAGUGCCACAUACAUCAGGAAAGCCUUAGGCCAAGGGCUGAGUGUGAAGUACCUCCUCCCUGACAUUGUCAUCAACUACAUCAGGGACCAUGGCCUCUACAUCAGUGACAGUUCCUGGGAAGGAAAAGGAAGGAGUAGCUAGAAGGCCUCCGAGAGUGGGCAGUUCAGGGCUUUGUUUUGCUUUGGGGGUCUGCGUUUCCCUUUCUGUUGGUUUUGUUUCUAUGGUGGCAGUGCCAUUGAUGACUUCCUUCCCUAACAGACCGUUCCUAUGGCUGAGAUAGUUGUGUAUCAGAGCAAUUUCGAUGGCAUGGCAGGUCAUCCGAUUAGACAAAACCUCUCAAAGCUACUGAUGAGGAGACCUGUUUACUUUAUGUACAUGGUAAUUGUAGGAUGUACACUGAUGUUAUUCUGAACAUGGCAGGCUCCUGGGGGGUCAGAUCAUAGUUGCCCUCAUGCAUUUUUUUUUUAAAAAACUCAGACCGGGUUCAGUAUGCUGGUCUUGAUUGGAAGGAUUUGACAGGGUGCUAAUUACUGAACAGGGGGCGUUUGCAACGUCCUUGUUGCAAACAGAAUAAUACCAGGUGAGGAUUCAGAAAAUUAGAAACAGUACAUCAUGAUUUCUAGUGUAUUCUCCCUUACAAUUCCCUGCCUGCCUGCCUACCUGCCUACCUGCCUGUGGUGUAGCAUAAAAAAUUUUGACCACACUCUUUCUAUGUUGUAGUCAAGCAAUAUGUGUAAGAUUUAU